AUGGCGUCUCCCAGGUUAGAAACCUACUGCUGCCCCAACCGGGAUGCAGCCACACAGCUUGUGAUGAACUUCCAGCCUGCAGUCUUCUGCGGGGUUUGCAUCGCCAGCGCCUUCGUCAGUCUGCUGCUCACCGUCCUGCAGCUCCUGCCGAAGAAGGGACAGAGCCUGCGGAAGAUGCCCAAAGCCUCCUCCUCUUCCACCAUCCUUCUCCUUAUCUCUAUAUGUGAUAUCCUGGGUGGCGUAGGUAUAAUCUUCAGGUCAACUGUAUGGCUGGGUUUCCCAGGCUUCAUAGAUAACAUUUCUGUGGUGAACGGGACCGACUUGUGGCCUUCUGCUUUCUGCGUGGGGAGUGCGAUGUGGAUCCAGCUGUUAUACAGUGCUGGCUUCUGGUGGUUGUUUUGCUACGCCAUUGAUUCUUACUUGGUGGUAAGAAGAUCAUCUGGAUUGAGUACAAUUGUGCUGUACCACAUGAUGACCUGGGGCCUGGCUGUGAUGCUCUGUGUAGAGGGAAUUACACUGCUUUACUACCCUUCUCUCUCCAGCUGUGAAAAUGGCUUGGAGCAUGCAAUCCCACAUUAUAUCACAACCUAUGCCCCACUCCUGCUAGUGCUGGUGGUCAACCCAAUCCUGUUCAGGAGGACAGUAUCAGCAGUUGCCUCCUUACUGAAAGGGAGACAAGGGAUUUACACAGAGAAUGAGAGACGUCUGGGGACAGAGAUUCAGAUCCGCUUCUUCAAAAUUAUGCUGGUAUUCAUUAUUUGCUGGUCAUGCAAUAUUAUCAACGAGAGCCUUUUGUUCUACCUUGAAAUGCAGCCAGAUAUCAAUGACAUGCCCCUGAAAAACAUCAGAAGUGCUGCACUGAUCACAUGGAUUAUAAUGGCCGUUCUGAAUCCAAUGCAAGGCUUCCUCUUCACAUUAGCUUUCUAUGGCUGGACCGGCUUGAGGGUGGACCUGAAAUGGAGAAAGAGAGAAAUACCCUGGGAAUCAAUGUCCUCAUCAACUGUGGGUGAAAAUGCCUAUCCCUCACCAGUGAACUACCAAAGCAACAUCCAUGAUUCGAAGAAGAUAUCAACCACUGACAGCCAGCAGACUGAUGAGGCUAUAAGUAUGUUGUCUGAAGAUAACACCAGUGGUGGUGAGGUCAGGUUAACCAGGAGCUCUCCCAUCUAUCAGGGCUGGUAG